GAAAAAAGUGGUCUUCGACAUUGGAUCCAAAGGGUGGAGAAGAAGAAGGCGACGCUGCCACGUCUCAUUUCUACUCCAUGCGCUCGUGGACUGGUGAGGAACAUGAAUUCCUCUAGUGACCUCUAAGUUACCGGGUAUGUGGGGCACUCCUGUAACUAGUUUAGAGGACCUCUAUUUUCCAGCACUGAGGUUUCUCUUCCCAUAUGGAUGCAGCUGUGGAAUGUUCAUGAGCAACUUGUGUACAGAGCAACGGGGACAGAGAGAUUUGGAGAGUGUUCCGAUUGAGCCAUGGCAUCAGCUGCCCUGUCUAUGCAAUUCUGGCGUUCUAGGGGUGCCCUGACGUCUUUUUUGGGACACAGAUUCGUCGGUGGAAUCUCGGCAACCGCGCCUCGUGCGGGAGAUGAGCAUCGUAGGAAUUGGUCUGCAGAGGGCCGAGCUUCGAUUCAUGGAGAGGCGGGGAAGGAUAAUGCAGCUGUUUGCCUGGUGCAGGGCGCCUCCCGUGGUCUCGGAUUAGAAUUUGUUAGGCAGCUGCUGAGCCGGGAGAAUGACAGCAAUAUCAUAGCCACGUGUCGCAAUCCAGAAGCGGCAGAGAAACUGAAUGCUCUCAAGGAACAAUUUCCUCAGCGGCUGUCGAUUCUGCCACUUGAUGUAACGAUUGAAAGCUCCAUAGAAGCUGCAGCGAAGGAAGUGAACAGCUCGCACGGGCGGUUGGAUCUCUUGGUGAACACAGCUGGGAUUCUACACGUUGCGGACGUCGUGCAGCCUGAAACUUCUAUAAGCCGCCUCAACCUUCAGUCCAUGCUCCUCACUUAUCAAAUAAACGCUGCAGGCCCUAUACUCGUGACUAAGCAUAUGUGGUCAUUGCUGAAAGCAGGGAGAGGCAGGGACACUGGCAAAGCACCCGCAGUCGUUGCGAACCUCAGUGCCAGGGUGGGUUCAAUCGGCGAUAAUCAAACCGGUGGAUGGUAUUCUUACCGUGCUUCUAAGUCUGCACUCAACCAGUGUAGGUGUCUCACCUCUUACCGGGUAGAUCCGAAGUGAUAAAAUCCUGUUUUAGUGAGGAGAGGGGACUCUCUUCUAUCUUGUCAGAUAUCUAUCCCACAGUGAGCCUCGUAUGCUACUCUCUUUCGAGUCUUUUGCUAGAUCGUAUGUACGAUAAUCGUUCGGUCUACGAGAAAGUGUGGCGUGGAGCGGGAAUGAAAUAUGUUUUCAGUCAGAAGAAAUAUAUUUUCAGUAUUCUGAUCGUGUUGCAGUAGCGCAGGAAGUUAAGAAUAUAAUGACACGCACCGGACAGAACGGAGGUCGGGACUCGCCCCAUACGAGUAACAAAAGGAGAAAUGCCAGAACCAAAUCCCGAGUUAACUGCAACUCUGGUUAAUUUAAAAGACUAGAAAACCAGAAAAGGGUGAAAAUCUCACAACCUUGUGUGCGUGUGUGGUCGUGUACUGUUACAGUGACGAAGACAGCUUCAUUGGAAUCUGCUCGACAGAGGGCUUCGAUCGUCUGCAUUCUUCUGCAUCCAGGAACCGUCGACACUGACUUAUCGAAACCCUUCCAGAGAAACGUUCCGCAGGGGAAGCUGUUCACUCCCGAGUACUCAGUCGAAAGGCUGCUCGGAAUCAUCGACAAGGCUCAACUCAGUGACAACGGCAAGUUCUUCGCAUGGGACGGUCAAGAGAUCCCCUGGUAGCACAGGACGUCCGUCAGCCACUCCAGCACCGACAUGCAACCGGACACCUCCGCAACUCGACUCCUUCCUUCCUUGCCCAUCAGCAGCGUACCUUGUUUUUUAUCCGAGGGGAAGAUCAGGGACCUUCUUCCGAGUCAUCGUCCACCAGCGGCAGCUGGCGAAAUAUUGUUCUAUGCAUGUACAUGCCCAAGAGACAAGAAUAAAAACAAUUUAGAAAAAUGCUGCUCCCAGCAAUAACAAUGGGAGCACUCUCGACUAUGUAUGUUCCUCAAUUGGGAAUCGGAGCUUACUUUAUU